AUGAACGUCAACGUCAAUCCUAACAUGGCUAACAUGAACGCCAUGGGUGGCCCUGUUGGCGCACCUGUUCCCAUGAUGAACAACGGUGCAGUCGCUCCUCAGGUUGCCGGUCCUCGACAAAUGCCUGUUCCUACCGAGAGCCAGCGGACCCUACUCAACACGUACAUUUAUGAAUACUUCCUCCGCCACCAAAUGUUUGACUGCGCGCGGUCGCUCGUCAAUGGAGAUCAUCAAAUAAACGUCACCAAGGACGGCCCAAACCGACGGAGGGAUGAAAAUGGCAAUCUCCUCGGCAACGGUCUUGGUGACGAUCCUAUGGAUACUGACUCCAAGGAUGACAUCGACGCGAAGCUUCCAGAUGAUCUUCCCGCCCCGAAAUUGCCCAUGCCUGCCUCUGAAUCAUCCUUCUUGUAUGAAUGGUUCUGCUUGUUCUGGGACAUUUUCAACGCGCAACGCACCAAAGGCGGCAAUGGUCCUGUCAACCAAUACGUCAGCCACACUCAGCAGCAAUCUCGCAUGCGACAAAACCAGCAGCAAGAGCUUCUGCGUCAGAUGCGCCCUGACGGCCUAGCUGCUCAGCAGCAAUACCACACGCAAAUGAUGCGCAACAUGCAGAAUGGCGGUAUGGGAAUGAACAUGAAGCAGGGCAACCUUGUGCGUACGGCUAUGGCAAACAACCAAAAUAAUCCCCAGGCUAUGCAAAUGCUUCAUCAGGCGAAGCAAACCCAAAUGCAGCGCGACCCCUCUGACAUGGAUGGAAACCGCCAACGCCCAUCAUCUCCUGGAUCCGGGGAAAACGCGCCAUCGCCCUCCAAGAGACCUCGCCUGGACGGAACGCCCUACAACCCGAGUCAGCCUGGGAUGAUGCCGAACGGAAGACCACAGCAGGGCAUGCCAGGCCAGCAGGUGGGGACCACCCCAAACGUAGCUCAAGCCCAGCAGAUGCUCAUCACCAACGGCAUUAACCCGGCAUCGCUGACCCAACAGCAGUUUACGACAUUCUCAAAUCAACCCCCUGCUGUGCAAGCCAAGUCUAUCGCUACAUAUGCUGCAAACCUCCAACAGCACCAGGCUAGUCAGAUGCCCAAUAAGCCCAUGCCCAACGCCUCUGGCCCUCAGGGUCAGGGAUCGCCAAUGAUGGCUCAGGGACCGGACCAGGCCGGUUUAGCUGCUUACUAUAACGCCGGGGAGAUGGGCCCCGGUGGUAUUCGGCCUGGCCCUGGCGGUGCCCAAGCCGGCGGUGGAAGUAACCACGCUCUGCAAGACUAUCAAAUGCAGCUAAUGCUUCUGGAGCAGCAGAACAAGAAGAGACUCAUGAUGGCUCGGCAGGAACAGGAUAGCAUGGGCGGUGCCAUGCCAAGAGGAGACGGGCCUGCGGGCCCUGGCGGCCCUGGCGCCCCCCCCGGCCCCAACGGUCAGCCAUUCCCAGAAACAUCUGCCCAAGGGGCUAGGACCGGAGCCUCACCCAACCCGACUGAGCAGAUGAAGCGCGGCACGCCACAGAUGAACAACGCGGGCAUUCCGUCGCCUUUACCCGAAGGCGCGCAGUCUCGUGGCUCACCUAACCCUAUGAACUUCAUGCAGAGCCAAAUGGAUCCCAACAUGGCACCUCACUUUUUUAAGGGUAUGAACAAUAUGGACGGAAACAUGGUCGCCAACCCUCAGAUGAAUGGUGGCAUGCGCCCACCAAGCUCGCAUCCUGGACAGCCCUUCAAUGGGCAGAUGAAUCCCCAGCAGCUUAUGGCUGCUAGACAGCAGCAACAGCAGCAGCAACAGCAGCAAGGUCAGCCCCCACAACAGCAGCAACAACCUCAGCAGGCAGGCCAGAACAACCAGCCAGUGCAAUGGCAAGGUGGCCCGAACGGUAACCAAAUGAUACCUCAAGGCCCGCAGGGUCCGGUUCAAGGUACGCCGCAGCAACGUUCAAUGCCGCCGCCGUCUGCCCCUACUGCUGCCAAUGCAAACCGGACAAACACCUCGUCGCCACAGCAGGCAACUGCCGCGCCGCCUACUCCCUCGCAGGCGAACAAGGCCGCACCGAAGAAGAAAGAUAACAAGAAUACUAAGGCCAAGGGCGCUACUCAAAAGAAGUCGAAUCCCAACCUUAACAGCGGAGCCACCCCGGCCGCCGAUGGUUCCCAAGAUCAGGAGCCGCCCACGCCAGCUACUCCCAUUACCCCGGUCAACCCUGCCAGCUUCACCAAGGCUGGCCAGAACGCGGCUGUUCCCGCUGUUCCUAAUGGACAACCUGCUGCUCCCGCGCCUGCUCCCGCAGCUCAGGUCGCCCCCCCAGCCCACUCGGAUGCCAAUCAGAACACAUUCUCAAUGGAUAACCCAGGCGGUUUCGACAUAAAUCAAAUUGAUUUUGUUAAUCCUCUUGUGUCUGAUAACGUGCUCAACGACUUUGACUUCGACUCCUUCCUCCAUGAAGAUGGCGACAAUCAGGCCUUUGACUUCAAUGGCUCUUUUGGAAUGGAGGGCACUAAUGAAAUUGGUGCUGACUAG